GGUGUUACCUACCUUGAUAAUAUUGGCUCUGCUUUGUACUGCGAAUCACAGUUAGAAAAUUAUUUACAGGAGUUGAAAGGACAGCUCUUUGCUAACCCACAUAGCAGAAAUGCUAGUAGUAAACAGACUUUGCAAAUGAUUGAUCAAAUGAGAGAUCGAAUUUUAGAUCACUUCAAUACCAAUAGUGACGAUUAUAGAGUCAUCUUUACCUCUGGUGCUACCGAUGCCUUAAAAAUAAUUCAUGAUAGCUUCCAAUGGCAUGCCCCCUAUGACAACAGCGAUUCAAUGGUAAACGGCAAUAGGCUUGAAGGUGAUCAUGCAGAAAAUAUCCAACCAUGCUUUUGCUACUUGGAAGACAAUCAUACGUCUGUUAUCGGAAUUCGACAAGCAGUCUCUCGUCAUGUUGGAAUGAUAACUUGUGUUGACAUAGAAGCAGUAGAAACAGCAGAUAGUACUGGUAUUCAUAAUAUCGAGAUUGAUAAUGGCGAUACCACCAAUUGUACCAUCAAUCAUCUUUUCGCUUACCCAGCUCAAAGUAAUUUUUCCGGUAGGAAAUAUCCUUUACAAUGGAUUGACAGAAUUCAACGUACUCAGUUAGUACCGAAUUGUGUUAAAAUUCGUGAAAAAGAUCGUUGGUAUGUCUUACUGGAUGCCGCUUCUUAUAUUUCAACCUCUCCCUUGGAUUUGGGUCGAUAUAAACCAGAUUUUGUGCCAAUUUCUUUUUACAAAUUAUUUGGCUUUCCUACUGGCUUAGGAGCUUUAAUUGUUCGUAACAACGCAAUAAAUGUUUUAAGAAAGCAAUAUUUUGGCGGUGGAACCAUCCAGACAUGCCUUUAUCAUGAUGAUUUUGUAUCAUUUAAGACAGUACCUCAUGAUAGGUAUGAAGACGGGACUGUUGCAUUUCUAGAUAUUAUUGCUUUGAAAUAUGGAUUUGAUUGCUUAUGCGGUAUAGCUAGGGAUAUGGACGCCGUUUGCAACCAUACAUUUUCUAUUACUCGUUAUACUUACCAAAAUAUGUUAAAAUUGUGCCACUAUAACUGUGAACCGCUUUGUCAUAUCUAUGGUGAAAGUGAUUACUCCAAUUCGACUCAUCAAGGUCCAGUCAUUAAUUUUAAUUUACUUGAUUCGAAAGGAAAUUUUAUUGGUUAUAGCCAGGUUUCUAAAUUGGCAGAAAUGUAUAAAAUUGAAUUGCGGACCGGAUGCUUUUGUAAUUUAGGACAAUGUCAAAAGUCUUUGGGAUUAUCAUCAGCAGGCCUGUUACACAAUUUUCAGUCUGGGCAUAUUUGUGGUGAUGAUAUCGAUUUAAUAGAUGGUAAACCCACAGGCUCAAUCCGAAUUUCAAUUGGAUAUUUGUCAAGUUUUGAAGAUUCAGAUCGAUUCAUAAAGUUUUUGGAAGAAUGCUUUGUUGAAUUCCUUGUUGAAAGUGAAAGUAAAGAAGAUAACAUUGAAAUUGAUUCCAAGGAGAUCCACUUCAAUGUGUUAAAGCCUUCGAUUCCUAAAUUACAAAGAAUUGUUUUGUAUCCUGUCAAGUCCUGUAACGGCUUCGAAGUCGAUAGUUGGCCUAUAGGACCUAGGGGUCUGUUAUAUGAUCGCAGUUGGAUGAUAGUCAAUGAAUCUGGUGUUUGCUUAAACUUGAAGCAAGAACCUAAGAUGUAUAAUAUUAGACCAAAAAUAAACUUAGAAGACAAGUUACUAAUAUUAGAUUGCGAAGGCGUGCAAUCGUUACUAUUACCGUUAAGUUAUGAUAUGCCUGAUCAAUUUGCUAUUAGUGCCUCCGUUUGUCAAUCUAGAGUUUGCGGUGAUAAAGUAAAUGGUAUUGAUUGCGGAGAUGAAGCCUCGUUGUGGCUCAGCAAAGUACUGCAAAGAACAGUUCGACUGAUUAUGCAACAUGAUAACAGUAAGCGUUCAACAAAAUCGAGAACUUCAAAUGAUGAACGACAGCCUAUUCUAUCCCUUGCAAAUACUGCUCAAAUAUUGCUAAUAUCUUCAACUAGUGCUACUAUAUUAUAUAAGACAAUAUUAAAAAUGAAUGCCUUUGAAAAGUCACCUGUUUCCACUAUUGCUACCGUUGAUAGCUUGUGCGAUCGUUUCAGAGCUAAUUUAAUCAUCCAAGGAGGACAGCCUUUCGCUGAAGAUUGCUGGAAAUAUAUAAAGAUUGGCCAUUGCCGAUUUACUAUUACUGGCCCAUGCACCAGGUGUCAUAUUAUAUGUAUCGACCCUGCUACUAAAACUAUUAAUAAGGAUCCACUGAAAGCGUUGAUGAAACUUCGUGGCAAAAAGGUAUUUAUUAUGUAA